AUUUAGCUGCGCAUAACAUUGAAACAUAGUGUUCGUUUUAUUCAGACUUUAUUUCUGGCAAUGCAGUGUGUGUUAUCGAUGAGUUGCGAAUAAUUGUGAUAUACUUAACAAAAAUGGGAAAAUUGUUGAGUCUUUUGGCCCGCGAUGAGUCGAACUGUUGUUCCUCGCCCCGCUACGAUAUAUUCUUGGACUUCGAGAAUGCAGCGCCGACAGAUACAGAGCGAGAUGUUUACGAGGAAGUGCAGAGGGUAUUGUUGGAUUCUGAGAGGAUUUUAGAGGAAAUUCAGUGUUAUAAAGGAGCUGGGAAAGAAAUACGAGAGGCUAUAACAGAUCCGUCGGGUAUUCCUCAAGAGCGAGCAUGGCGCGCUGUGAAGCCCCUGGUAGACAAAUUGUUAAGAUGUUAUAACCACUCCCUGCAGCUGCAAAGGGUGGUUCCCCGUCUUCUAGGCUCUUUGGUGGGAGGUUCUAUGAGCCCAACUCAGCAUUUGGAACAACAACAAGCCUUGGUGAAGCAGUUCGCUGAAAUAUUGGAGUUCGUACUCAAAUUCGACGAAUACAAAAUGAAGACACCAGCGAUACAGAACGACUUCAGCUACUACCGCCGCAGCGUCUCCCGCGGUGGUCUAAUCAACGCCGAUCUUCCUCCAGGCGAAGAACCUCAUAUAAGCGCAGAGGUUGCGAACAGAAUGUCUCUCUUCUACGCUCAAGCCACGCCAAUGCUGAAGGUCCUCUCUGAAGCCACCAGCCAGUUCGUGAACGACAACCAACAAGACUUGGAGAACACGACAGAAACUCUAAGCACGAUGGCCAAAGUCUGCUUGAGGAUGCUGGAGAACCCGAAACUGGUCGCCCAAUUCAGCCGCGAAGAGACCUCCCUGCUAGUUCUUCGCGUGAUGGUCGGCCUGAUCAUCCUGUACGACUGGGUGCACCCCGCCGGUGCCUUCUGCCGUUCCUCCUCCGUCGACGUCAAGGGCUGCGUCAAGUUCCUCCAGCAACAACCGCCAGCCAAAGCUGAACCACUCCUUAACGCCUUACGGUAUACCACCAAGCAUCUGAACCACCAAUCAACGCCGAGGAACAUAAAAACCCUUUUGGCGGCGUGAGGACACCACUCCAGCCUUGCAUGUUGCUGUGGGGAAUAAUUGGACAAUAAAUCUGUGGGGAUUACUCAGCGGCGCGCUUUUUUUGUUUGUUUUUUGCACUACUCAUUUGUUUAGCGUGAUCUUUGCGACCACGCGUCAGAUCAGACCGCGAUGAUAUCUACUGUUUUCG